UUAACUUUCUUCAAUUAGAUUCUCUCUUUCACUCUCACAGUAUUUCUGCAGCUGCUCCGCGUCUCACUCCACCGCUAAUUUUCCCGCAUUUUCUCUUCCAACCCCAAACCUCGAGCCGAACGGGCCUUAGCAGAAUCUUUUGAUCAUAUCACUCUUUCGAAUCACAUUCUCUCGUCGUUUUGCAUCGUAACGCAAUUCGCUGCUUCUUUGACCCAUUUCAUCAUAGUUUUCUUCGAAUUUUAACCCUCAAAUCUCAGAGCCAACAGAGACUUUCCUUCCAAAUUCGAUCAGUUUUCCCUUCGAUUAGUUCUUCAAUUUCGGCUCUGAGCUUUGAUUCUUUACUCUUUUCCAAAAAGGGAAAAUAAAUGAAAAGAAAAGCUGAUAUGAAGUAUCGAUGAGCUGAGGGAAAGUGGGUGAUUUAGGGUUUGGUGGUGUUAAAUGAGGCAAUGUGUGUGCUUAGGUGUAUGCGUAGGAGUAUGAGGCAGUAAUGGGUGGGGUUAUGUUAGGGAAAGGAAGUAAUUGAUUUCUAGCGGCGAAAAUGACUGCAGCCGAACAGUCGAGGCCAGGGCCUGUGGAGAGAGAGAUUGAGUUGGCUAUCACUGCUCUUAAAAAGGGAGCCCAAUUACUCAAGUAUGGACGUAGAGGGAAACCCAAAUUUUGCCCCUUCAGACUGGCCAAUGAUGAAUCUGCUUUAAUAUGGUUGUCAGGAAAAGAGGAGAAGCAUCUUAAACUGAGUCAUGUCUCCAGAAUUAUAUCUGGACAGCGUACACCAAUAUUUCAGAGAUAUCCUCGCCCGGAGAAAGAAUACCAGUCAUUUUCUCUUAUAUAUAGUGAUAGGUCUUUAGAUUUGAUUUGCAAGGACAAAGAUGAAGCUGAAGUCUGGAUUACUGGUCUAAAAGCCCUAAUAUCACGCAACCAUCUUAGGAAAGGGAGAGCAGAUUCCAGAAGUGAAGGAAUCUCAUCAGAAGCCACUAGUCCUAAAGCACACACCCAAAGAAGUUCUCCUUUGAGUUCUGCAUUUGGUAGUGGUGGCAGUUCACAGAAGGAUGAGAUGGAUCCCCUACGUCUUCGUACUCCAUAUGACAGUCCUCCUAAAGCUGGUUUAGAAAAGGCAUUAUCUGAUGUGGAAUUAUAUGCUGUGGCUCCCAAGGUUUUAUAUCCAUCUGAAUCUGCUUGUGGCUCAGUUCAUUCCAUUUCAUCAGGAGGCUCAGAAGCAAUAAAUGGGCGUCUAAAGGGUAUGAGCGUGGAUGCUUUUAGAGUAAGUUUAUCAAGUGCUGUUAGCUCAUCAAGUCAAGGUUCUGGUCUUGAUGAGACUGAUGCAUUAGGGGAUGUUUACAUUUGGGGAGAAGCCACUGGUGAUGGUAUUCUUGGUGGGGGAGUGCAUGGAAUUGGAGGUUCUGGUGUAAGGAUGGAUUCUUUUCUUCCAAAAGCCUUGGAAUCUGCUGUCCUAUUGGAUGUUCAGACUAUAGCAUGUGGUCGUCGACAUGCUGCUUUGGUAACAAAACAGGGGGAGGUUUUCUCUUGGGGAGAGGAACUUGGAGGCAGACUUGGGCAUGGUGUUGACUCUGAUGUCUUGCAUCCAAAGCUUGUAGAUGGUCUAAAAAAUAUCAAUGUUGAACUUGUGGCAUGUGGAGAGUACCAUUCUUGUGCAGUAACACUUUCAGGAGAUUUAUACAUAUGGGGUGGUAGUUCUCACAAUUUUGGGCGUCUUGGAUAUGGAAAAGAAGCUAGUAAUUGGGUUCCAAAAAAGUUAAAUGGACCUCUAGAGGGAAUACAUGUCUCAUCAGUCUCAUGUGGACCAUGGCAUACAGCUGUUGUAACUUCUGCUGGGCAAUUGUUUACUUUUGGAGAUGGAACUUUUGGUGUUUUAGGGCAUGGGGACCGCAAAAGUGUAUCUACACCCAGGGAAGUGGGGUCCCUCAAAGGUCUUCGCACUGUCCGAGCAGCCUGUGGUGUUUGGCACACUGCUGCAGUUGUUGAAGUCAUGGUUGGGUCUUCAAGUUCGAGCAAUUGUUCUUCAGGAAAGCUAUUUACAUGGGGAGAUGGAGAUAAAGGCCGUCUUGGGCAUAGUGAUAGAGAACCGAGAUUGGUACCCACUUGUGUUGCUGCUCUUGUUGAACCCAACUUCUGUCAAGUUGCUUGUGGGCACAGCAUGACUGUUGCAUUGACAACUACGGGCCAUGUAUACACAAUGGGAAGCCCUGUAUAUGGUCAACUUGGGAAUUCUCAAGCUGAUGGCAAGCUCCCUGUUCGUGUUGAAGGAAAGCUUACAAAAAACUUCGUUGAAGAAUUGGCUUGUGGUGCUUAUCAUGUAGCAGUUUUAACUUCAAGAACUGAAGUUUACACCUGGGGAAAAGGUGCAAAUGGCCGAUUAGGCCAUGGUGAUACUGAUGAUAGAAAUUCCCCGACAAUUGUUGAAGCUUUGAAGGACAAACAGGUUAAAGGUGUUGUCUGUGGUACUGGUUUUACUGCAGCUAUCUGUCUUCACAAGUGGGUAUCUGGUAUUGACCAAUCCAUGUGUUCGGGCUGCCGCCUUCCAUUUAAUUUCAAAAGGAAACGACACAAUUGUUACAAUUGUGGACUUGUUUUUUGCCAUUCUUGUAGUAUUAAAAAAUCGCUCAAGGCUGCGAUGGCACCAAAUCCCAACAAACCUUACCGUGUCUGUGAUCAAUGUUUCGGCAAACUUCGGAGGGCUAUUGAACCUGACUCACAUUCUGCUCUAAGUAGAAGAGGAAGUAUAAAUCAGAGACUAAUUGAAGUUGAAAACAGUGACUAUUUGAAUACAGGAUCACGUGUCCAACUUGGAAGAAAUAAUUCCAUAGAAUCAUCUAAAGAUGUGGAAAAUGAAUCUUUAAAAAGAAAUAAGUUGAAUGGUUCUCAGGUUUCAAUUUCUGCAAAUGAUUCUUCUCAGCGCAAUACAUUUAAUAACUCUAAAUAUUUUGGUUCAUCCAAGAAAUUUUUCUCAGCAUCUCUUCCGGGAUCAAGAAUUAUGUCUCGAGCAACGUCACCAACAUCAAGGCGAUCUAGUCCGCCUCGUGCAACAACACCAACCCCAAAUAUUUCUGUGCAUGCAUUGCCAAAAGUUGUUGUGGAUGACACUAAAAGAUCAAAUGAUAGGCUGAGUGAAGAAGUUGUUAAAUUAAGGGCUCAGGUUGAAGAACUUACUCGCAAAGCUCAGCUUCAAGAAGUUGAGCUGGCAAGGACAACCAAACAAUUGAAAGAAGCUAUUGCAGUUGCAGAGGAGGAGACUUCGAAAUGCAAAGCAGCAAAGGAAGUAAUCAAGUCACUUACAGCCCAAUUGAAAGACAUGGCAGAAAGGUUACCUGUUGGAGCAACAAGAAACAGCUAUUCACCUUCCUUUUAUUUUUCUAGUGCCACUCCCCCAAGGGAAGUUUCUACUGCAGUCAAUGAGCAACUGAGUUGUCCCACAACUUGCCAUGAACCAGAUUCAAAUGGAUCAACAAGCAGCCCAGUGAUUUCUAAUGUGUCUGGCACCACUAGCAAUCAAACUAUAAAUCACUCUGAAGUGCCUCAUUUGGAAGCAACAUUAAAGAGUAAAAACAGAAUAGCAAAAGUUGAACCUACCCAUGGGGAUGAAUGGGUUGAGCAAGAUGAACCAGGAGUUUACAUUACCCUUGUUUCCUUGCCUGGAGGUGCCAAAGAUAUUAAGCGUGUCCGUUUCAGUCGAAAGCGAUUCAGUGAGAAACAAGCAGAACAAUGGUGGGCAGCAAACAGAGCAAGGGUGUAUCAACAAUACAAUGUUCCCAUGGUUGAUAAAUCUAUUGUGGGUGUGGGUGUGGGUGUGGGAGGGAAGGUUUAGCUCAUUGACCUUCCAUAAUCAAGAUGCAAUUUUGGUGGCACUUGUAAAAGCUAUUGAUCGGAGUUUCAGAUAUUGGUUUAUAUUUCUGAGCUCAUGAUUGGAGGAAGCCAACUUUGUUUCUUAGAGGGUAGGGCUGUUGCUAAUCUCUCUCUCUCUCUCUCUCUCUCUCUCUGUUGCAUUCGGCCAUUCGAUUUUUUUUUUUUGCCUGGUGAAUGAUGUAUCCAUAUUUUCAUAAUUUCCUGUAAUUUUUUCGAAAGGGAAACUUGAAAAAUGGCGAGGGUUAUGUAAAUUCUUUGUAAAGUAGGUUGCUGGCUUUGAAUUCAAAACAGCUGCCUCUUGUAUAUUCAUGAGGAUGGUAGCAUACAGAUUGGAUGACAUCA